CCAAUGAGGAGCAGCCACUUCCUUUAGCUGCAAACACUGACCAGAGCUUUCCUCUCUGCCUUCGGUCCCUGCUGCUGCACACUGCGAUGCCCAAGCUGCAACACUAGCCAGCUCAUUUUCCCUCUUUUUACCCUCCGGUGGGGCUACCCUUCGUACCGUCGCAACUCUCCUUCCUCCUGUUCCGUCGAGCAAAGCUGCAGCGGCUCUGCGGACAUGCCGAACAUCGUGCUUUUUAGCGGGAGCUCGCACCACGACCUGUCCCAGAAAGUGGCUGAUCGUCUGGGACUGGAGCUGGGCAAAGUCAUCACCAAGAAAUUCAGCAACCAGGAGACAUGCGUGGAGAUCGGGGAGAGUGUGCGUGGCGAGGACGUGUACAUCGUGCAGAGCGGCUGUGGCGAAAUAAACGACAACCUAAUGGAGCUGCUAAUCAUGAUUAACGCCUGCAAGAUCGCCUCCUCGUCCCGAGUCACCGCCGUCAUCCCCUGCUUCCCCUACGCCCGGCAGGACAAGAAGGACAAGAGUCGAGCGCCGAUAUCAGCCAAGCUGGUGGCGAACAUGUUGUCUGUGGCCGGAGCCGAUCACAUCAUCACCAUGGACCUCCACGCCUCACAGAUCCAGGGUUUUUUCGACAUCGCAGUAGACAACCUGUACGCUGAGCCUGCCGUUCUGCAGUGGAUCAAGGAAAACAUUCCUGAGUGGAAAAACUGCAUCAUCGUGUCUCCAGAUGCUGGAGGAGCCAAACGCGUGACGUCCAUCGCCGACCGCCUCAACGUGGACUUCGCUCUCAUCCACAAAGAGAGGAAGAAGGCCAACGAGGUGGACCGCAUGGUGCUGGUGGGCGACGUCAAGGACCGUGUGGCCAUCCUGGUGGACGACAUGGCCGACACCUGCGGCACCAUCUGCCACGCUGCUGACAAGCUAAUCGAUGCCGGAGCUGUGAAGGUCUACGCCAUCCUCACACACGGCAUCUUCUCAGGUCCUGCCAUCUCGCGCAUCAACAACGCCCCGUUCGAGGCCGUGGUGGUGACAAACACCAUCCCACAGGAGGAGAAGAUGAAGGCGUGCCCCAAAAUCGAGGUCAUCGACAUCUCCAUGAUCCUGGCCGAGGCCAUCAGGAGAACCCACAACGGCGAGUCAGUGUCCUACCUCUUCAGCCACGUUCCCUUGUAGAGAGCCAGGCAGACGCCCCCUCUCAUCCUCCCAUCAGGCCACUGGGCUGCACCUCUGGCCACGCGUCCUUCGUAAAAAGCUCGGGGGGGGGGGAAGGCCUGAUGGGGUCUGGGCCAACCACAUGUGACUUUGUAAAGGUCACGCAUCGUCUUUGACAUUUCCACACGGCAGACAAAAGAUCACUUCCUCCUCUGAAGACCAAGUUUGUAUUUAUGAGUUUGUGAAUUUUCUUUCCUCCUGUUUCUGUCUUGCUAACGCUGACCCCCUAAAGCCCGGCCUGCAUUUUAACCAAAGGGUCCAUCGUGUAUUAUUUUUACCUCAUAUCGAAUUCUUUUAAAUAUAGCAUUUCACUCUAUCAUGUGAUAAGAAAUGUUUUGGCCCUUUUUGCUUCACAGAUGAAUAAAAAUCACAAAAGCGGCACCUUCCCCCUCCAAAGUGUUCGUUAACAGCUGCUGAAAGUAUUAUAGAUGUAGUGUAACCUUAACUAGCUGUUGGCUGAGUAAUAGUUGAUGCUCAGACCACGAACACAGAAAGAGUCGAAUUAGACGACCUAAUUUUCUCAUUUUUAGUCGUUUUUUUGUUUUUAGCGAGCUGUACCGAAUGUGCUGAUGCUUCCUCCACCGUCAUCUCUCCCGAGAAGCUGCUGCCGCACGUUUGUAAGGCAACCCGCGUUAAUUGCGCUUAAAAUCUCUUAAAGUUUAAUACGAGGUGUAGUGGGUUUUUACCCACGUUCCAAAAGGUCAUGAAAAGUAAUUGAGCCCAAAGCUUUGUUCUAGUGUUGACACUUCCGCAGUGAGUGCUGGUAAAAGUGGUGUAAUCGUAACGGCUGUAAUGGGUCACUUCAGUUCCAAUGAGGCAGGUUUCACUGUUCACCUGUAGGUGGUUAAAAGACUGGUAAUAAAGCGUGAUUUCAUAUUUUUUUAUAUGUAACACUUGGAGCUGUUUCUUUGACAAUAAAGCUUUGACAAUGGCUUACAGACA